AUGUGUUGUCACAGGAAGCCUCGAGAGGAGAAGGCAUGGGAUGGCCAGGAGGUAGAGGACUACCCUCAGAAAGAGAGCGCUAGUAAGCACCCCUAUUUCCUAAAUCCUACCACAGGGAGAGUGGAGCACUCCCUGGCUACCUGUUGGACUUCCCAAGACUACACACAGAUCCCAGGCUGGUGUAAGUUUGAGAUAAGUCACUGCAAACAUCCACCCAAACUGUAUCAACUGCACCCCAUCCUCCCUCACCCCCUUGUGGCCCAACGGGCACUCAGGAGCCCCAGAGACAGACCGGAUAGACAGGAGCAGAAAAUCAGCAUCACCAUGAUCGCAAAGAUGUUUGUCAUCGUUCUUCUUGUUGUUGCAACAACAACCACAGCUGCUCCAACAACAACCACAACUGCAGCGACAACAACCACAGCUGCACCAACAACAACCACAACUGCAGCGACAACAACCAGAUCUGCAGCAACAACAACCACAGCUGCUCCAACAACAACCACAACUGCUGCGACAACAACCACAGCUGCUCCAACAACAACCACAACUGCUGCGACAACAACCAAAACUGCUCCAACAACAACCACAACUGCUGCGACAACAACCACAACUGCUCCAACAACCACAGCUGCUCCAACAACAACCACAACUGCUGCGACAACAACCACAGCUGCUCCAACAACAACCACAACUGCUACAACAACAACCACAACUGCAGCGACAACAACCACAUCUGCAGCGACAACAACCACAUCUGCAGCGACAACAACCACAGCUGCAGGGACAACAACCACAUCUGCAGCGACAACAACCACAGCUGUUCCAACAACAACCACAGCUACAGGGACAACAACCACAGCUGCUCCAACAACAACCACAGCUGCAGCGACAACAACUACAGCUGCUCCAACAACAACCACAACUGCAGCGACAACAACUACAGCUGUUCCAACAACAACCACAGCUGCAGCGACAACAACCACAGCUGCUCCAACAACAACCACAACUGCACCAACAACAACUACAGCUGCGACAACAACAACCACAGCUGUUCCAACGACAACCACAACUGCAGCGACAACAACCACAGCUGCUCCAACAACAACCACAGCUGCACCAACAACAACCACAGCUGCUCCAACAACAACCACAUCUGCAGCGACAACAACCACAACUGCAGCGACAACAACCACAGCUGCUCCAACAACAACCACAGCUGCUCCAACAACAACCACAGCUGCAGCGAAAACAACCACAGCUGCUCCAACAACAACCACAACUGCUACGACAACAACUACAGCUGCGACAACAACAACUACAGCUGCUCCAACAACAACUACAGUUGCAGCGACAACAACUACAGCUGCACCGACAACAACUACAGCUGCCCCAACAACAACCACAGCUGCUCCAACAACAACCACAGCUGCAGCGAAAACAACCACAGCUGCUCCAACAACAACCACAACUGCACCGACAACAACUACAGCUGCGACAACAACAACUACAGCUGCUCCAACAACAACUACAGUUGCAGCGACAACAACCACAGCUGCACCAACAACAACCACAGCUGCUCCAACAACAACCACAACUGCACCAACAACAACUACAGCUGCGACAACAACAACCACAGCUGUUCCAACGACAACCACAACUGCACCGACAACAACUACAGCUGCGACAACAACAACCACAACUGCAGCGACAACAACCCUACACCCAACUGUCAACCCCUGUCGAAGAGCACCUACUUGGAUGCUGGACCAUCUAGCAGUCCCACAGGCUAUUACCCAAAUUACCUACCUGCCUCUCUGCCUCCACGCCAGGAGUUUUUUGGAUUUCACACCCGGACUACUCACCCCUCUACGUCAUCUCCGACCUCCUUUGGCAAGAACCACGACUGAGAACAGGAAGGCUGCACAGAGCAUUAACCAAAAGUAUCACCUGGACACACCUGGAGGCAUUCGCCAGAUCCUCCUGUAUCAGGUAAACCAGGGCUAUCACAGCCGUUUUCAGGAAGCCUCGCUUACUCUGAACCUGGCCAAAUGUGAAUUUGGCAGAGCCACCAUCACAUACCUGGGAAAACAGUUGGGUCAGGGACAGGUGCCCUUUCAAGCUCGAGGUUGA